GUGAGGACUUUGGAUUUGCCUCGUUGCUCGCUCUGCUGGAAAUGGCUAUGGCGUCGUUACACCUCGCCACUGCGCCUUCCCCGCUCCUCGAAUUCUUCACCACAAGCCCCAAUCCUAGGCAGCGCCUCGUUGCAGCGCUUCCCAGGCCCGGUGAUUUUCGUUUCAGGGAGUGCAAGCCAUUUUUUUCCACUUCGUGUAAUGGGAUUGGGAUGCGUUGGUCGUUGAAGAUUAGAGCGGUGUCUGUGAGUGGAGAUGCGGAGCGGAAGGCAUCUGAGGUGAAACCGAAGACGUCAUACCGCCCUGUCGUGCUUCUCCCGGGCUUAGGAAACAAUACAGGUGAUUACGACGAGCUUGUUGCAUCUCUCGCAGCCCGUGGAAUCACCGCUGUAACUGCGAAAGUUUCUCGUCCUGAUUGGCUGCGGAAUGCUUCUGGACUUCUCGAUGGCAAUUACUGGAAAGGAACACUUCAACCCAGGCCCACACUUGACUGGUAUUUGGAGAGGAUGAAAAAUGCGAUUGAAGAAGCCAUGGCUCUGGCUCCUGAGACAGGAAAGGUAUCAGUGAUAGCACAUUCAGCUGGUGGGUGGUUAGGGCGUGUGUACAUGGCAGAUUUUGGGACCAAAGACAUUGCAUUAUUUCUGAGUCUUGGGAGCCCUCACUUGCCUCCCCCCAGGGACGUACCUGGGGUCGUAGAUCAAACAAGAGGGCUUCUAUAUUACGUCGAAGAGAAUUGUCCAGGUGCAUUUCAUGCACCUGACGUGAAGUAUGUUUGCAUUGCAGGCAGGUACUUGAAAGGCAGCAGACUCUUCCCAAAUAAUGCAGCAGCUGUGGCGCCAACUGGUCUGGGAACUGUUGGCGUUUCAGACGGCAGCGUUGCUGUUUCUGCAGCAGAAGAUGAAAACUUGGAGGCAGGGGUUGGUGAGGUGAUAGUAGAUGGUGCAGUGAAGCCAGCCCCUCCUACACUUAGAGCGCGCAUUGUUGGACAAGGUUACAAACAGGUUUGUGGGCAAGCCGAUGUUUGGGGAGACGGGGUUGUCCCAGAAAUGUCCGCCCACUUGGAUGGCGCAGAGAACCUGACCUUUGAAGGUGUUUACCACUCCCCUGUUGGAGCUUCUAACGAGAGACCCUGGUAUGGGACAGAAAGCAUUUUAGACAAGUGGGUCCAUUACUUGAUGCAAUAGUUGCAACACAUAUUUUGUUGUAUAAAAGUUGUACACAACAUGGUCCUGCAUUUAUGAUGGAGAUGCAGGUUGGAAUUUUCAAUAAAUACGUGGCACAGGAAGCAGGAUCGGUCAAAAAAUGGUUUCCAGAAAUGAAGCUGGAAAUUUUGGAGAUUGGUUGUUUUUGCUACCAGAAGAUGCUUUAGUUGUAUCACCAGAAAGUAAGCGAUAAAUACAAUUUUAUCCUUUUCUUGAAUGAAAUUUUUCCAACAGCCAAAU